AUGACUUUGGCAGUGAUUAUUGAGGAGUCUGGUAAUGAAUUGGAUGURUUGUUGCGCAUGUGCGAGGCUAGAACCAUCCAAACGCCAGCAGCAUUAAGAUGGGGAAUGAUAAUUGAAAGAGCUAUAAGAUUUCUCUCCCAUGCACUCUUUUUCUAUAYUUUGGAAGACGGAAAGUCAUCAGCAAUCCGUUAUGCCGCAAGUGAUUUGCUUGAUCACAGUGACUUCGCAGAGACAGUAAUAAGUAAAACCACGUCUUCUGGACUUGUCAAGAUGAUCGCUGCAAACAAGAAAGGCAUCAUACUUUCUCCAGAAGUAUUUGAUGURAUUAACAAGCUCAUGAAGUCAGACGAAGACAACGGGACAGGCGACGUACAGCUACUUUGUAAACURUUCUCUGGCGAGCCCUCMACCUACCAUUUCUCAACGGAAAACACACGCGUUAUCGAUGCAGAUACUCCAUUCUGCAUACUAGGAUCCACACAGUUAACCAAUGCUGCCAAACUCAUCGCCAGAAUGGACCAUGGUCAUGGCCUGGUUGACAGGAUUUUGAUCGCCACACUAUUAGCCUUUCGUCCGACACUUACACAAAUGGAGGAAGCCAAGACGCAAGUUGAAACAGAGCGAGUGAGUGACUUUAAUGAACUAUCGGAACGGCUUACAUCGCUUGACCGAGUUACUAUAUAAAAGUUUGACGCUAGUGGCCAAACACUACUACGAGAGACCAUCGACAACUUCUCUAAAGAAGUCAACGAUGAUCUUGCGGCGGGACGAGUGCCACCUAAGUCAAAAACUCCUGAACUCAUUCCAAGAGUUGCAGCAUCUCUCCACGUCCUCAACCAUGUCCUAGAAGAGAUGCUCGCGACAGACGAUGCUACAGAGCCACCAUCCACGAUUCCCUGUGAGACCUUGCAACGAGGAAUAGCUUUUGUAAAACAUCUAGAAUCGCAAAAACAGAUUCUCUGUCAGGUAACACCUUCGUUUUUGAUAAAUACUAUUACAAGUAAUAAUCAGAAAUUUCAAUAG